AUGCCCUCGACCUCCCCCAUCUCUAUUGUGUACUUCACAGCCCUUCUCGGGCUCGUCAGCACAACCCUUGCCUUCCCAACAUUUACGCCCACGGAACCCCUCUCGAAACGCAUAGCUCUCACCUGCAACAAUGAUGGCGGCCUCUACCGUCCCGUAUCGGAAGCCCAAGCCUGCGUCGACUACCUUUUGACUAAGAGCACCGAUGACUGCGUCGUUAGCGGCGACGAGACUGUCUUCUGUCAAGCCGGCGAUACUGUGAUCACGGGGAGUAGGACGGGGAAGGGUGGUGAGAGUUCACUUUGUCGGGAUGUUGCGAAGGGUGCUCAGAGGAUCAUUGAUAGUUGUACCACGCCUGAGGGGUACGUUGGAGGGUUUAACGCUGCAGAAGGGAAUGGUGCUCUGAUUGUCUCAAUCCACCGCAGGUAG